UUCUUCAGCAGCUCUCUCUGGAACCUUCACCGGAAAAACAGAAAACAAACUAUAUAUAUGUAUAUAUAUAUAUAUUUCCGAUUAAAAAGAAACAUUUGAAAGAGAGAAAUCAUGGCGAUGUACUCGGCGAAUCCGAGCAACAACUGGAUCCUUCCUCUGAAAGUCGUGUUGAUUUCGACCGGAGUCCUUUCCAUGGCGGUGGCUCUGAAGCUCUCAGUUCCCGUCGUCGUAGAUUUCGUAGCUUCUGAAGUUCCUUCCUUCUGGAGCUUCGUCCUCUCAUGGCUGAAGCCUCCUUAUCUCUACGUCCUCAUCAACGGCAUCAUCAUCAGCAUCGUCGCGUCGUCGAAGCUCCAUCAGAAGCUCGAAGAUCCGUCAACUUCGCCGUCGCAUGUGGCCAUUACUGCCGGCGAGGUCAAGAUUUCCGGCGGAGAAGUGAGAACGGACUACGCGGUAUACAGCGGCGUCGUUUUGACUGGCUACGGUUACGAUCCUGGCGAGGUCGCGAAGGUCUCAGCUAUGACAGCGGAGAGUGUGGUGUACGCACCGGCCGCGAGGGUGGUGGAAGCUAGUGUUUCGGCGGCGGAGAAGGAGGAGAGAGAAGAGGCGAUCGUGGCGGCGUCGGAGAGGAACGGUUUGCAGAGGAAAGAUUCUUCUCUGGAGUACUUUUUCCCUAGUGAGAACGAGAAACCGCCGGUUUCUGCGAGGUUUGGUCACCGAAAGGCUGUUAAAGCCAGUCCUGAAGGAGGAGGGAAGGCAUUGAGAGUAUCGAAGCCGAAGAGGCAGGACACGCUGGAGAGCACGUGGAAGACGAUAACGGAGGGCCGUCCGAUGCCGCUGACGAGGCACCUCAAGAAGUCCGACACGUGGGAGUCGCACGUGCGGAGGGGAGGAGUGGGGAUUCAGUCGCAGAAUGACCAAUCUACCCCUCCUCCGGCGAAGAUGAAGAAGUCGGAGACCUUCGCCGACCGGAACCCCAACUCGUCGCUGAGUCCGUCCCCCGGGUCGGGGAAGCUGAGGAAGGAGCCGUCGCUGAGUCAGGACGAGUUGAACCGCCGAGUCGAGGCGUUCAUCAAGAAGUUCAACGAGGAGAUGAGGCUGCAGAGGCAGGAGUCGCUCAACCAGUACCAGGAGAUGAUCAGGCGUGGGGCCCAUUAGAGGAGUAGGGAGGAGCGUCCAAGAUCAGAGAUCAAAAAUUUUGAUCUUCUUUUCGUUUUUGUUGUGUUGUGGUUGGUUGGGUUGUUCCUUUCCGAUGGAGCUGGCCACGUGGCGGGAGGGGAUUGGUUGGGGUUGUGUGAAAUGGAAAGCUCAAGCUUUUUUUUUUUUUUUUUUUUUUUCAUUUUCAUUGGGAGAAAAAGGUUGAUGUUGAGGUUAGAGGAGAACCAUCAUCAUACAUGUAGAUCUAGAAGUGGUAAAUUUUAACCAUAAGUUUUUAAUUUUUGUUUCGUUUAUAUGGAAUGGGAAAAGUGAUGAUGAAACAAAAGGUUGUU